CUUCCACAAGAGCCCCCCAGCUUGGAAGCGAACUGCUUUUUUGUGCAUCCACCAACAAUCCUCCUUGAGUGGCACUGCCGGGGUUCACAAUGUCACAGGUCUGGCUUGCCUUCAGUCCCACGAAGGCGCAGAGCCUUCAGUUCAACCUGCCCGUUUUCACCAUCUGCCACGUUAUCUCCUGCACACCCCAAUAGGUGAAAGUUUCAACAGUCAACUUCAACCCCUUCUCCGGCUUCCAGGACUCCACCUACCUCCUCAAGCAUGCCAGCGCCCACAGCCGCCCAAGCCAAGGCGGAGAUCAGCACCAUUCCGCUCCGCUUGCUCCGCUUGCUUUGCACGACUCUGGACGGGGUCCUACGUGGCGGUCAACGACGGUCACGGGGAUCCGUUCAAAGUCAACGCUCAGGUGACAGACCCAUCAGGGCAGCAGCUACACUGGCAGCAUGAUGUGGCGGAGGGGCAUUUCGGGUUCACAGCGGACGAGACGGGCGAAUUCUCCGUGUGCUUCUGGCUGCCGCACGAGGGGCACCAUGACGCCAAGCGCACUCACAAGAUCGACAUCACGUGGACCACGGGCAAAUCGCAGAAGAGCGUCAGCCACGGUGCUAAAAAGGAGAGGCUCGAUCACUUUGACCUGGAGCUGCAGAAUCUGGAGGACGCUAUCGACAAGGUGACGCAGGAGAUGAGCUUCUUUCACGAACGGGAGCUGGCAAUGAGGAUGAAGACGGAGGAGACACACGUGUACGUGGCGUGGCUCAGUGUGGCGUCUCUCCUGGUUUGUGGCACCAUCGCCGCGCUACAGCUCUGGCACCUCAAGCGCUUCUUCGAACGCAAGAAGCUGCUAUGA